AUGACUGGAGUUCCCACAGGAUUUAUAACAGAACCAGAACUUCCAGCAGAUUCUUCCUAUGGAGGAUUCAUACUUGGUACCUCUUCUACGGCCAGAUCUAACUUUCAGGCUCGUCGAUACGCUUGCAGACAGGAAGUUGAGAGAAUGGAACGUCGGGGAAUUAAUAUAUUCAAGUAUCGCUGUGAGGAUGUUGGUAAUCUUCAAGAUCCUUUCCGUACUCUCGUUCAACGUGAUAAAGAGUCUGAAGAGUGUGAAGUUUACAAUGCAAUUAUCAGAACCCAAGGCGAGAAGGCUAUGAUUGGUAGACCAGCUUUAGAAAGUGUUAAAGAAGCUGCUUUAGAAGCUCCACGUCCAUUUUCCUUUGAGGCAGAUGAUUUAUAUGGUAUUUGA